CCUGGGGGUCCGGUUCUAGGUACUGCCUAAUGUCUGGCUAUCCUUUACACUACAAACAUUUGCUGUCACUUUUGCGCAACAUCACCUAAACCUCGCUACGCACCUUCAGACAUACGCAUCCAAACAACGAACCCCCCGAAACCAUCGAAAUACUGCUUGUCGUACGCUUCCGACCGUCCGCCGACUCAAGAUAACCCCUCGUUAGAGACCCCGCCACUCCGUUUGUCUCCGACUUCCGACCCGAUAAGCAAACAGUCACCAUGUCGAACCGCGCACUUGCCCGCGAUAUGCAGGUCGAAUUCCAGGCACGAUUCCAAGCGAAGCAAGCCCGGAGAGAAGCGCAAAAGGCCGCUAAACAAGACCCUAUACUGAAGAAGCAGAUUCAAGAUCUGCUCAAGAAGGGGGAGACGGCAAAAGCCUACCAAAAGGCCAAAAUGCUUCUAUCUAAGCAGGCCUUGGCUCAACAGAUGGACCAGAUGGCUGACAUGGCCGAGCUUUCUGCCGCCCAAAUUCAAGCCAACAAUUCCAUGAAUCGCAUGACACACAUGAUGGGUCAAUCAUCUCGUACUAUGUCUGUGGCACAGAAGAACAUGAACCCCGAAAAGACCCUCGUCACCCUCGAGCAGUUCAAGCAACAGAACGAAGAGUAUGCAGUUUCAAACGGCAUCUAUCAGGACGCCAUUUCGCAGACUACCAGUGCACAAGUGUCCGAUGACGCUGUACACGAGCUGCUGGGCAAGCUGGCCGAUGACGCUGGAGUGCAGCUCAAUGCUGAACUCAACAGUGCGGCGCCGGCCAAGGAAGAGCUUGUGUCUGCCGAGCCUACUGCAGAGGAGGAAGAUGCGUUGCAGCAGCGACUACGUGCGCUGAGGGCUUGAGUUUAGGGUGGAAUAGCGUUGAUUUGAGCAUGAUGGGAUGGCUUCACUCGUUUGGUACAUUGGGAACUAGGCGUUAUACCGGGCGUGGGCACGCGCACAACACAUUUCGUAUUGAGAAGAGUAGCAGGUCUUGAACGAACCUCUGGCGCAAAGUCAGCUUUCGAAGCGAGAUUGAGGCGGCUGAGGGGAUGACCACUUUGUUUAAUCCUUAAACUAAAGUAAACUAAACUGGACCAGCUCUCAUCAACCUCGAGCCAAAAACCGAGCAUGUGCUUGCUGCUCACAUGCAGAACAAGGUCUACAUAUACAGACUGGCAACUGCCGUGAUAUCGCGCUUGAUCAUCUCUUG